AUGGUCUUAUUUAUUUCACUGCUCUUUGGCUUACAGGUACUUUGCUCCUGGGCUGCCUCUGCUGCCAAAGAGGUACCAACUCCACUGCUUUCCCCCAGCUGUGAUGACACCGCAGUAGAGGAAGCUGCAGAUCUGGCUCUUCGUCAGAGCAACGCUGACCGAAGAGAGGGCUAUGUACUCAGUCUCUAUCGAAUUUUCAGUGUUCGAGAGCAUCCUCAGGAGAUCACUGGUUCCGUCUUCUUUCUCAUCUUGGAUGUAGUAGAUACCACCUGCCAUGCUCUCAGCAAGAAGUUGUGGAAGGGCUGUGCAACCAGAUCUACUCAUGCAACUGUUUAUGGUCAAUGUAAAGCAAUUAUCUACAUUAAUCAGCCAUGGAAGAUUACUCAUCUGAGUACCUACAAGUGCAUUUUACAAUCAGUUCCACACAGAUAUAUUCAGGCAACAUGUCCUGACUGCCCAGUUGAUGACUGUUCAACUGAGCCCAAAUACUUGGAAGUUGCUAUUCAAAGCCUUGCCAAGUUCAACGAAAAAAGUGAACAGACUCAUUAUUUCUCUGUCCUCAAUGUCACAAAAGUUUCAACACAGGUAAUUGCUGGUCCUGCACAUUUUGUAGAGUUUACAAUUCAGGAGACAUCCCGCUCCAAAUCUUACUCUGUUGGUGACAUCUCCAAGUGCAAACCUCUCUCAUCUGAUUUAGCUAGAAUGGGUUUCUGCAUAGUCUCUGUAAUAAGAAGUGACUGGGAACAGAAACAGAUUGUGGAAAUAUCCUGUAAUCUACAGUCCAGAGGUAUUUCUUAA